UAAAAGCCGUGCAGGAUGGAGCUCCGACACUGAAGACACUGAAUCUGCGGCUAUGGCGCGUCCUCACUUCCCGCUGGCGAUGGGCCUUGGCCUGCUCGCAUUCUGCCUUCUGACUCUGUCCCCGGACGCCCGUGCUGAGCUGCGGAGCCGCAGGACGGGAGAACGCCAGAAACUGUCACCCAACGAUCCGCGGGUGCAAAAGGCCGCACAGGCAGCUGUGGCCAGCUACAAUAUGGGCAGCGACAGCCUCUACUACUUCAAAGACACCAAAGUCAUCAAUGCGUCAUGUCAGCUGGUGGCUGGCAUGAAGUUCUACCUGACGAUGGACAUAGAAAGCACCCAGUGCGCAAAGACCAGAGUCUCUGGAGACCACAUGGACUUCACCACCUGCCCCCUGGCCGCAGGAGAGCAGCAGGAGAAGCUGCGUUGCAACUUUGAGGUCCUUGAAGUCCCCUGGGAGAACACCACUCAGCUUCUAAAGCAUGACUGCAUGCGGGUGUGACCGGCCCCAGGGUGACGGCGUCAGGACCCCACGGGAACAAGCGUGGCAGAGGCACCUCAGGCCCGCGGGCAUGUCUGCUGCAAUAAA